AUGCCAAAGGCCAUGCGCGAGUAUUACGAGCGCAACAACGAUCUGAUAUCGCAAUAUGUCUUUAUUGACAGAUUGCUGGACUCCUCUCUCCCCCAUCGUCUGAUUGUGGACUAUCACAGCAACCAGCCAGGAGAGCCCCCAGUCUCAACCAACGGCCGGGCAUAUGACGCAACCUCCUACGGCACAGGAGAUACCAAAGCAUCCGGUAAAAUCAAGAGAACUCCCCGAAAUCUCUAUCGCAUUCCCAGCGAGAACGAGACAUCUCCACUCCUGCCCCCGAUGAUCGAAGAACGAGUAGCAUCACCCCCAGACAUCAUCCCCACAAACGAUGAGUUCGUCGACAGCAGCGACCGUAUAGUCACUGUAGCAAUAUACGUCAACUUCAUCGCCAACGUCCUCCUCCUAGUCGCAAAGAUUAUUGCUAUGACCAUGACAAACUCUCUAUCCGUCCUGGCCAGCUUAGUCGACGGGGCACUGGACUUCCUCAGCACAGCCAUAGUCUGGAUCACAACCACCUUGAUCCGUCGACAAGACCGCUCCCGAUACCCGAUCAGCCGUCGCCGACUCGAACCACUCAGCGUAUUAGUCUUCGCCGUCGUAAUGGUGACAUCUUUCGUCCAAGUCGCACUCACAUCCUUCACACGCCUCAUUUCUUCCGACCGCUCCGUCGUCGAUCUAUCCCUCCCUUCCAUCGCUGUCAUGGCCAGCACAGUUAUCGUCAAGCUCAUCUGCUGGUUCUGGUGUCGACUGAUUAAGAACUCGAGCGUCCAAGCACUAGCACAAGACGCCAUGACGGACGUAAUCUUCAACUUGUUCAGUAUUCUCUUCCCUCUCAUCGGCUCCCUGACCACAACCUGGUACAUCGACCCGUUAGGCGGUCUUCUCCUGUCCCUGUACAUAAUCUACAACUGGAGCGCCACAGCCAGCGAACACAUCGGCCAUCUAACAGGCGCCGCAGCAUCACCCAAAGACCACAGUAUUCUGCUGUACAUGACGAUGCGGUUCUCGAAAGCAAUUCUCAAGAUCCAAGAUCUAAAGGCCUAUUACGCAGGAGAUCGGCUCAACGUCGAGGUGGAUAUUGUCCUGGACCCGAAGACCAGACUCCAAGAUAGUCAUGAUGUUGGGGAGAGUCUGCAGUAUAUGGUGGAGAGUGUGCCUACGGUGGAUAGGGCAUUCGUGCAUAUUGAUUACGAUCCGUGGAAUAUUCCGAGUCAUAUGAACCAGAUUGAGGGGUGA